GUGCGACGGUUCGGCUCGAAGACGGCAACGCGAUUUCGCGGACGUUCGCGGCACAUUCGGUGGAUUCGGUUAGACGAAGCGUUUUUGUGUGUUUGUGUGUGAGAGUGAGCCUUAGGGCGAGUGGGCACGAGAUGAUCGUACGCGUACGCUGAUCAUGGGCUGAUACUACUGUCUGGUGCAUACGUUCGAACGCCUUUACCUUAUCUCACGAUGCGUUGCCGACUCGUACAGCUCAAAGGGAUAACGCAUGUACGCUUGCUGUACCACUAAUGGUAGUAUUAGGCUAAAACCAUGCUACUCACCGUCCCGUCCCGUUCAUCCCACUCUGCGCAAGGAAUGGUUAUGACUCAAUGGCAAUAUACGGAACAUUAAAUAGUUCGUUUAGUGGAAAUUAGUGCAUUGAGAAAUGAAAUAUAGAUAAAGCCGUUCCAAAAGCAUUAAAACACUGACAGUGAAACCUAAAGCACUUCACAGGGCCACACCCAGCCUGGUAAUGAAAUCGUCACCAGCCAUUUUAUGAAAGUGAAUCAUUUCGUUGCAUAAAAAUCGAUCAUUAAAUGUCAAAUCAUUACCAUUACGGUGAAGAAGUAAUUAUAGAUAAUUGUGACACACAAAAAUCCGUUAAUUCCAGCAAUCAGCUCCCAGGCUCCGGACGGUCCAAAGCCGGUCAGGCAGGAGCAGUAGCAGCAACAUCGCCUGGGACUUUUAAUCAUCGCCCGGUUCCGGAGAGUUGAUGCGAUUUCGCGCCUCGUAGAUGCCAUUUCGUUACGGUGCUGAAUGCUGAAAAUGACAUUUAAUGUGGUGGAAGUGAUCAAGAUGCAUUAAAAACGGAAAAUUAAAACCCAUCGCUCCGAGCGUGUCCACUGUUAACGGCAGCGGCAGCGUGCCAUUUCACCGAAUGGGAAAUUAAUUCGAUGCCGUUCGGGUUUGCUGGAGUGAAGUAGUAUGCAAACGAGAUCCCGGCACCCGGCUAUGAGGGAGGCCAGUGCAGUGACCGUACCUUGAAGGGCCGUUGGAACGAACGCUGUCAUAAUACAAUGAAAGUCGAUCGUUUAAAAAUAAUCUUAAUCCCACCGCGUGGAUGUGUCACUCCGUAAUCUGAGGGUAAAGUUAACCGGCGCAAAACAAAUUUUGUUGCGGUCAAAAAGGAUUAAAGUGCAGUGCUUGAACGGUGGUGCGAAAGGUGCAGAGGAAACCAUAAUGUGUGAAAUGUGCAACACAAUCGUGCGUUGAUUGGAGAUGGAAGCAAAACCGUACCCCAGUGUGCACCGGCUAAGAUGUAUUGCUACAGCAUCCGAUCGUGUGGAAGCGGUAGGAAGUAAUAAUUGGAAGUGAAUAGUGCAAUUGGCCACGUUCUGUGAUGUGCAGCCCAACCGUUGCAUAAAUAAAUGGUGUCCGUGCGCUUUGGCUUUGUGCAUUGCGUGUGUUAUACUUUCGAUAGUGCGAUGUGCAGCAUCGGUCGUGCUGGUUGGUUUGUUUGGGAAAGUGUUAAUCGUUUCGUUGUUGUAAAUUAGUUCAAAACCGCAUUGAAAUGCAAGUGUACCAACGUUCGCAACACUGUUCGUCCCACCGAAAUACACACAAAACACAAGCCGUAAUGGAAUUUAGACAGGUGAAACCAUUGUCAGCAAACUGCUGCAGCUGGAUUAUUACGCUAAUGAUGCUCAUCACGUCGCCAUCAUUGCUGUGCGCCGAACCCGAUACGCAAAUAUUCCGCGUGGACCCGUUAGCGCUACUUUCGGGAACGUUGCGCACAUAUCAACGGGCCGGCUGUGAUCGAGAGCUUGUCACAUUAAGUUGUCCCCGCGGCACGAGCAUCUCGAUCGAGAUAGCGCAGUACGGGCGGAGCGGCGAUGCAAACGAACGAAACUUGUGCCCGGCAAGCACGGAAGAUGCGCUCGAUAUCAGCAUACCGGGGACGGAAAUAGAGAUAAAGGCACCGGAAAGCUGCACCUGGCCAAACGCCUUGCAGUACUCGCUGCUUCAGACCGUCGUGGAAGCGUGCCAAAAGAAGCGCCACUGCAAGUUUCUCGCCUCGCCCAAAACGUUCGGCGGCGAUCCGUGCCCGGGCCAGCGGAAGUUCGUCGAGGUGGCCUACAAGUGCCGACCGUACGAGUUCCGGAGCAAAAUCGCUUGCGAAAACGAUGUAAUUCAAUUAAUUUGCAACCCAUACUCCCGGAUAGCAAUCUACAGCGCAAACUACGGCCGAACCGAGUACGAGAGUCUUCAGUGCGCGCAGCCGCAGGGUGUAAAGGAGGAAAAUUGUCUCGCCUCGUACGCCACGGAAACGGUGAUGCAAAAGUGUCACGGACGGCGGAAGUGCACACUCUCGGCGGACAGUACCACAUUCGGCAAACCGUGCCGGCCCGACUCGAGGAUGUAUUUAAAAGUUGUUUACACAUGCGUGCCUAGGAAGGUGCUGAAGGAUCGCUUCGAGGCUGCACCGGAACCGGACGAACCGCUGCAGAGUGACCUCGAGCAGGACCAGGACGAGCUGUACGAUGAGGAUCAGUUUUUCCGCGAGUCGGACGCGGCACCGCCCGGACCGGCACCGAAGCUGCAGGGUGGCCCAACGAAUGGUCGCGUUUCCGAUGUGCCCGGCUACGUCGGCACAUCGAGCAGCAGCAGUACGCCCGCUUCACCGCCCCGCUCCAUCCACGACAUUAUGGACGAUAGUGACUUUUCGUUCGGAGAAAACCAGGAAAAAUUCUACCUUUACCUUAUCGUGGCCGUCACCGUCGCCAUCCUGCUCUGCGUGUCGAUCGUGAUCGGCCGGCUGGUGGUGCAGCGGCGCCGCACAGCGAAGGACGGGGACGAUAAAUUCCAAACUUCCAACACCGGCGAAACGACGCUGCCGAACGGUUUCACCGACGACAUAUCGGAAAUCGAUGCCGAUAUCGAUCUGCAGACGCCGCUCCCGGUGCCGAGCGUUUCGCGAAGCGAUAGCUACGGACCGUACACGCCGUCGCCCGGCCCGUACGGCAAUCUCGGACCGUCGAACAUUUCCCACACGUCCACCACGAUGCUGGUGCCGCCGUGCUCGAUGGGCACGAUCAUGAGCACCUCCCAGUCGCCCGGGUAUCUCGGCGGGCCCAUCAACAUCAUGCCGUCACAGCUGGGCUCCAGCAUAGGUACGAUAAGGACGCCACUGGCAGCCAUGACGACCCUGCCGAGGCCGCACCAGCCAUCGCAACAGCUUCCGCCCGGCUUCCUCGGCGGCUCGGUAAUUGGCACGCAAACGCUACGCCGCCUGUCGAGCGAUCACGAUGGGAACACACCCCGCAGCCUCAGUAGAGGAGCGACCAACGCGCAGUACUACUACGGAUGACAUCCGGUUCCUUCGCAGCCGGCGCUUAUCGCCACGUCUGGUCCGCCAGGAACCGGCACGGGGCAGAGCCACGGCGUCGCGCAACAGCAGCAACACCCGUCCCAGCAGUUAUCAUCCGCCUCCUCAAUCUGCUCCUCCUCCUCGACCCAUCCGGGGCAGCAGCAGCAGCAGCAGCAGCAGCAGCAGCAUCAUAAGCAACCACCACCACACCCGCAAUCCAUCCUAAAAAACAAGGAACCAACGAUCAGCGAACUGGAGGACACCAUCGUCAUGUGUCCACCGAAUCGAACGUACUGUUUCUAGAACUACAGCAUAAUCCUGCUAAGGAAGCAUCACACCACCACCACCACCACUACCACCGCCGCCGCCGCCGCCGCCACACUACCGCUCCACCGUCCACCGGUCGGUGGGACGAGCGCGCUGGACAAAGAUCUGGUGUAUCUGUGAGACAAGUUUGCGAAAGCUAAUUAAACUUCGUUCGCUCGCACCAACCAAGCAAGCACACAAAACAAGAAAAAAAAAAAUAACGGCAAAACCUUCUUGACCGGCGGCACACGUUUCGAGCGCAAAUGAAAUGUGUCGCGCACGACCGGAACAUUGCCGGACUAAUCCGUGGACGGGCACGGCAAAACACAGUCCGCCACAGUCAAACACAAUCUAACGAGUGAGACAUUGCUAGGUGGUUGGCGCGGGGCAUGAUCCUGCAGGGGAUGACGCUUAGCAUUUGCGAGCAACCGUCAACAACCGGGAGCUUAUCGUUUGUCCAAAACAAGACUGGUUCCACUGUUUGGUGGGUGUAUGUGUGUGUGUGUGUGUGUUUGCAUCACGAGAUGUGACGGGUCAUUGCGUACCUGCGCGAAAGGGGGGCAUGGCGCCCGGCGUGAAGAAAGCGUCAUCAUGAGCCGCGCGGUCUUUGGAAGCUGUACCGUGAGGAAGCUUUAGUGGGAUAAGCUGCGGGUGUGUGUGUGCGCGCGCGUGUGUGUCUGUUUUUUUGUCUCACAGGUUGGCAGAGGGGUCACCUCCCACUAGAGUAGGUUAAAGAUGGUACAGCACAACAUGCUACUGCAGAGCCCGCGCCAUGCGUUACAGUGUGCGGUGGUGCAGUUUUGUUGUAUUGUCAUUGUUCGAAUUUUAUCGUAAGCCAAACUGUAACUAAAAAGGGAAAAACAACUCUAGUUCGUAGGACGUAAUUAGCGCGAAUGAAACGAACCAUCCAGUGGACGGUGUGAGGGGAGGAGCGAAAGGAAAUGUAUUAAAAUAGUUCUUACAAACCACUAAUGGAAAAAGGUGCGAUGGUCAGCAUGCCAAAUGGUGACCCCUGGUGCAUCGAGCAGAAGGCAAUAAUUGAAACCCGUUUUAAGUGACCAGUGACCCAGAGGAAGUACACACGCACGCGACACGUACAACGUGUAAAUGUUUGUGUGUGUGUGUGCGUGUAAGGAAAACAAUCGUUUGUGUGCAAUUUGAAAUUGUUAAUUUCAAUCCAAUAAGCGACGACAGGGUUCGACAGCGGCAAGGAAGCCAAGUGGAACGAUGUCGAUGGCACUUCGUCAGCAAACAAGCCGUUGUGUGUUGCCCGUUUGCUGCACGAAUCUUAAUGACAGAACUGUAUAAAUGUUGCGACUAUUGGUGGGUGUAUUUAUGUAUGAUAAGUGAAUCAAGUAAUGAUGCGAAGCGUGAAGGAGUGUAGGGGUUGUAGUUGAAAUUUGUAGGAAAAUUCAUCGAGCACUCGCAGCCAAUGGUAGCUGGUGGUUUGCUUGUGGACACCGUCGGGGAGGUUAUUCAGGAAACGUUUACCAAGAGAUUUGUUUUUGAAACCCUUAUUUUUUGCUGAAAAACUAUUACUCCUUUGGCACACAUUCUGUAAGGUAAGUGUAACAGAUAGGUUGACAUCACAGGUAGCGUCAAAUCAUCAUUAGUGUAAUCUGUACUGCGUGAUCAACCAAAAAAAAAGCACCCAGCAGUCCAGACCACUUCAACUGUGUUGAGACAACUCCAGCACUGCUACCGAUUGGACCAUGGCUGAGCGGUACACAGUGUUGCGAGCAUCGUUGCGGCACACAUGCCAAACUCAUUCUUGCCAUCCAACCUGCCAAAAGUGAAUCCCGAAACGACUCGUCUGACAGCUGUCUGUCACGCAAAAACCGAACCGAUACGCCCUCGUUGCAAUGCUGAUCCAGCAAAUGGGUCCAUUUCGAAAUGGUAAUCAGGGUAAAGCAAAAUGAAAACCACGCAAACGGCGCGAUGGGAAACGCGUUUUGCUCGUAACAACAAACUUCAAUCGAAAGGUUUCACUUUCUCGCGUGAAACAUGCAAAUUGGAAAGCAAAACCUCUCAUGUUGGGGAAAACAUUUGUAAAGUGGACGUAUUUUCUUUUCCAUUUAUGACAGUGUACACAAAUUUUAUGUUCUGAAAGGAUUGAUAGCAAAAGAGUGCCGCUUGAGCAGUAAAUUCGAACCCGUUUCCCUUUGCCAAAGAUGAGGUACCAACAUUAUUACGCAAGAACGUUUGUCCUAAACACAAAUGGCAGAGAUUUCUAAGGAGCUGAUUGCACUGUCGAACAGAACGUGUCGUGAAUAGCCUGUCUGUAUGUAUUUUCCUGUAAACUAUAGUUCGGAUUUGCGAAUACAAAGCAGGUGGGAAGAUAGGAACGUAAAUUUAAAUUUAAAAAUGAAUAGAGAGAAAAAAAAAACAAAUCUUAGGAAAACAUUUGUAAGUAAGAGAGCAAAUGAAAAGAAAUCAUGGUCGGAAUGAAAGUGUCACGGUAGAAAAAUUGCAGUUAAGUUUAUUUAUUUACCGAAAGUAUAUUCUAUUUCCUUUUUAUACAAUAUUGACGAUAAACCGGAAAGCAAACACCUUCCACAUUACUGCAUCUUACACCUACGGAGGGAAGCUGAAAAAUCAAAACCAAACCUGUAAAUAAAGUAUUUUAAUAAUAAA